AUGAGGCUAACAGUGCACAUUUCUACGCCAAUUGAAGUACGGCUAAUGAUGCUCAUGUUGCAUGUCCAUGCAACCGACGCUAACGUUGCUGAGGCGAACGAGGAUGUGGAUGCGACUGAGACCCCCAUAGAAGCGGUGAAAGCAGAUGAACUUAUCAAUGGCUUUGAACCGGAGCUUGAAGCAGUCAGAAUAAGCAAGAAUUGCUGUGGCCUACCAUACUAUAGGUCACGGUAUAAAGCAGGAAAAUAUGUUGCAGCAAGAAUUAAACAGGUGAAUGUACUGAAAAGUGAAAUCAAAAAACUUAUCAAUGUUGGAGAAUCCAUUGUUGUUGAACACAUGAUAGGCAGCGGCACAAAACUACUCGGCGAGGCAGCAAGAAGUAUGGUUAAAGAGAUUAAGGAGUAUGUAACAGGAAAGGAAGUCGGGACUAUACGUGUUUAUGGAAUGGCUGGUUUCGGCAAGACAGCAGUUGUGUCGGAAGUUAAUGACCUCAUAGUGAAUGACUACAGAAGUUGUGCCCCAGAAGAGAAAUUACAUAUUGAUUUGUGCAUAAAGCCACUGGGAGUAGAGCGCGCAGAUACAUUUGAAAGUGCAUUGAAGGAGUUAAGAUUUUUGAUCAUUCUGGACGAUAUGCGGAAGAAGCUGUCUCUUGAGCUGAUUGGGAUUCUACCAACGAGGGAAAAUGGCUGCAAGGUUAUAAUAGUAUCUAGAUCACUUCCAGUGUUCAGUGACAUCAAAAUUGAUAAGAAGGUUGAGAUCAAACCUCUAUCAGAUACAGCGGCACGAGAAUUAUUUGAGAGGGAAGCUAGCAUUAGAUUCUCAGACUUGAGGGAUGAUACUCAAACUAUGGCAGAGAAAAUGGUAGAUGACUGA